AUGUUUGUUGACGGGACAAGACGGACAAAAUGGCGACCACCACAGAUCACCCCAAGAUAACGCUCUACUGGCUCAAUGAGUCCCGCGCACAGCGCAUGGUAUGGCUUCUCGAGGAGCUCGGCGUCCCGUACGACGUCAAGAUCUUCCAUCGCGGCAAGGACAUGCUCGCGCCCGCCGAGCUGGAAAAGGUCCAUCCGCUGGGAAAAUCACCUGUUGUCACGGUCCAGCCUACUGAGCCCGGCGCAAAGGAGAUAGUCUUGGCCGAGAGUCCCUUCAUUGCCCAGUACUUGUGCGAACACUUUGGCAAGGACACCACUCUGGUUCCCAACAAGUACAAGGAUGGACAAGAAGGAAAGCUGGGCGGCGAGACGGAGGAGUGGAUGAGAUGGCAGCAUUUGCUGUAUUAUUCCGAGGGCAGCUUGAUGCCGCCGUUGCUUGUGGCUUUGAUUCUUUCCCUCAUGUCCGGCCCCAAAGUCCCCUUCUUCAUCCGCCCCAUCACCGCCACCGUCGCAGGCAGGGUGAACAACUUCUUUGUCGUUCCCAACAUCGAGAAGCACUGCGCUUUUAUCCAGCAGUUACUGGAGACGUCACCCAACGGCGGCAAGUACGUCUGCGGCGACAAGUUGACGGCGGCGGAUAUCCUGAUUAGCUUUCCGCUGUUGAUGGUGCCGAGGGCGGAGGUUCUCGCAGGGGAGGCUGCAAAGGGGAAAUUGAAGGAAAAGUUUCCCAAGGUGUUUGACUAUGUGGCAAGGUUGAAGGAGGAGGAAGGGUAUAAGAGGGCGGAGAAGAAGAUUGCGGAGUUGGAGGCCGAGGGGAAGCAGUGAGUGGUGCAGAUCCAUUCCGGAGCAUGGCCGGUAAUAAGUGGAUCUCGGGGGCAUUGCAUGUGGGGCCGCUCCGGAUGCUUGUCCGGAUCAUCGAUCGAUCGGAGGUGGAGUUCGCGGCACCGCUCGCUCAUAUGAGGAUCAUUGAUUAUACUCUGGACGGUUUAUAUUUAAUCCUGGCCACUAGUAAUGCGACCGGUGGUGGCUCUGGCGUGUGUGGCCGGGUCUCCGCAACAGGUCCGGGGCAAUGCGCAGCAUGCGGCCUUUCUGAGACCUUUUCAGCAUUCAAGAUUUAUCGAAUAUUCUUUUCUUUCCUCAGUUGUGAAGCAUCUUCGCCCCAUAUUAAUCCU